AUGCUGAAGGUGAUGAAUUUGGCUUCAUUGAAGCUGUCAGGACGUCUUGGUGACAAAGAGAAAAAGCAAAAUGAAAAAGCCCAAGCCAGCAUAAUUUUGUGCUUGGAGGAUAGUCAGCUAAUGCAUGUGCAUGGGCUAACUGAUCUGCUAGAGAAUACUGGCUUGUCUUACACAGAAUUUAUAAUGGAAAAACAUUCUCACAAUAACAAAAGCAUGAAAAUGUUUUUUCUGAUAUUUUUGGUGCACAAAGUAUUUACUCUGAGAUGUCCUGCGAGUGAUGCUUUCCUUGUUCCACAUGAGUGGUAUCAGCGUGGUGACUUUAUCAUUGGUGUGAUGGCAUCUCACAUGGGUUACCACCUUUAUGAAAUUAAAUUUAGUGAAAACCCUUCUAUAAAACCUUAUGAAAUACCAACCAUAAUCACCAAAUUUCAUCAACACGUCCUUGCCUUGGCCUUUGCUGUGAAGGAGAUCAAUGAGGACUUUCAUUCCUUACCUAACAUCACUCUCGGGUUCCACAUCUAUGACAGUUACCUCAAUGCAAGGAUGACCUAUCGCACCACUCUGGACCUCCUUUUCAAAUCCAAGGAAUUUGUUCCUAACUACAAUUGUGAUAGCCAGAAGAAUCUCAUGGCUAUUAUUGGGGGAUUGGAUUUUGUCACAUCAUCUCAUAUUGCUGAAAUUACAAGAUUCUUCAAGAUUCCACAACUGACAUACGGCUCAUUGGCCCAAGAGGAAUUUGAGAACAGUAAGCUCUCUUCACUUUAUUUCAUGGUCCCAAAAGAGGACCAUCAGUACAUUGGGAUUAUCCAACUAAUUCACCAUUUCAGCUGGACCUGGAUUGGGAUUUUUGCUAUUGAUAACAACAAUGGAGAAAAUUUUUUACAGAAAAUGCAGCCCUUACUUGCAAAGAAUGGAAUCUGCUCAUCAUUCAUACAAAGGCUUUCACGAGUACACCUGGAAGACUUCCCACAAAUUUAUCAAACAAUCUCAACUAUUUCAUGGAAUUGGAUAAAUAGCAAAGCCAAUGCAUUUCUUGUCUAUGGAGAAGCAUUGACAAUUAUGUGGCUAAGAAUUGUCACAUUUAUAGUACAUCCUGAAAGGAAGGAAAUUUCAUUAUUUAGAAAGGUAUGGAUCAUGACUGCACAGAUUGAUUUCGUAUUAUCAGGAUUCCAAAUCAGUUGGGAUCUCCAGGUGUUUCAUGGGGCUAUUUCAUUCAGUGCUCAUUCAACAGCAGUUGUAGGUUUCAAGGAAUUUCUUCAGACCGUAAAUCCUCUUUCAGUCUACAGAGAUGAGUUUCUUUGGGAAGUUUGGGAACAGUUAUUUGAUUGUUCAUUUCCAAAAGCAGAAUUUCCAAAAGCAGAAAUGCAGAGUAGGCAGUGCACUGCUGGGGAGAAAGUGUUCCUGAAUGAGAAAGGGGAAGCAACAGAUGGAUUUGACAUCACCAGUUUGAUCACUUUUCCAAACAGAUCCUUUCAGAGAGUUAGAAUUGGAAAGAUGGAUCUACAAGCUCCAAAAGGGAAGGAAUUAUCCAUGGAUGAAGAUUUGAUUGUCUGGAGUCCAGCUUUUAACCAGGUUCUUCCAUUUUCUCGAUGCAAUGACCCUUGUUUUCCUGGGGACUGGAAGAAAGGGAUUGAAGGGGAUCAGUUCUGCUGCUAUGACUGUGUUCCAUGCCCAGAAGGGAAGAUUUCAAAUCAAAAUGAUAUGGAUGACUGUUUUGAAUGUCCAGAAGAUCAUUAUCCAAAUAAAGAAAAGAAUGGAUGUACCCUGAAACGGGUGGUAUUUCUAACUAUUGAAGAACCCUUAGGAAUUGGUUUAGCCCCAUCAGCUCUUGGUUUCUUUUUCUUGACAUCUUGGGUACUUGGAACUUUUAUUAAGCACAGCGACACUCCCAUUGUCAAAGCCAACAACCAGUCCCUCACCUACACCCUUCUUGUUUCUCUUCUGCUCUGUUUUCUCUCUUCUUUGUUUUUCCUCAGCCAACCUGGGAAAGUAACCUGCCUUCUCCGACAAUCAACUUUUGGAACCACAUUCUCAGUGGCUAUUUCUAGUGUGCUGUCCAAAACCAUCAUUGUGCUGGUUGCUUUCAUGGCCACUAAACCAGGAUCUCACAUGAGAAGAUGGUUAGGGAAAAGAUUGGCUUUUUCUACUGUCCUUUUCUGCUCCUUUUUCCAAGUAUGUAUUUGUAUUCUUUGGUUGUCAACAUCUCCACCAUUCCCUGAGUUGGACAUGCAUUUACAGCUCCAAGAAAUGAUUUUACAAUGCAAUGAGGGGUCAGCUUUCUUCUUUUAUUGUGUAUUGGGCUAUAUGGGUGUCUUGGCCAUUGCCAUCUUUAUUGUAGCUUUUCUUGCCCGUAAAUUACCUGACAGCUUUAAUGAAGCCAAGUUCAUCACCUUCAGCAUGUUGGCCUUUUGCAGUGUGUGGAUCUCCUUCUUUCCAGCCUAUCUGAGUACAAAGGGAAAAGCCAUGGUAGCUGUGGAGAUCUUCUCCAUCUUGUCCUCCAGUGCUGCAUUACUGGGAUGCAUAUUCUUGCCAAAAUGCUACAUCAUUGUUUUUCGGCCUGAACUAAACCAAAGGGAGCAUCUCUCAAAGAGAAAUUAG